AUGUUGCCACGUCUUCUUAAACCUUCAGUUAUUGCUCAAGGAGCCAAACAAUUGUCAACUAGCUCUCAGCGAAAUGCCAAGGUCGCUGUCAUGGGUGCCAGUGGUGGUAUUGGACAACCUUUAUCACUUCUGCUCAAGCAAUCACCUCUCGUAACAGAAUUAUCGCUUUACGAUAUUGUCAAUACUCCUGGAGUUGCUGCUGAUCUGUCUCACAUUGAUACCCACUCAAAAGUCGUAAUCAUCCCAGCUGGUGUACCUCGUAAACCAGGAAUGACUCGUGAUGAUCUUUUCAACACGAAUGCAUCAAUUGUUCGGGAUUUAGCAAAAGCCGUUGCUGAAGUAGCACCAAAGGCUUUCAUUGCCAUCAUUUCAAACCCUGUUAACAGCACAGUACCUAUUGCCAGUGAAGUUAUGCAAAAAGCUGGUGUUUACGACCCAAACAGGAUUUUUGGAGUCACCACAUUGGAUAUCGUUAGAUCUAAUGCAUUCAUUGGUGAAGCUAAGGGAUUGGACCCUCAAAAAGUAUCUGUACCAGUAAUUGGUGGUCACAGUGGUAUUACUAUUAUUCCUGUCAUCUCACAAGCGAAACCAAGUGUUUCAUUCCCAGAUGAUAAACUCAAGGCACUUACUGAGAGAAUCCAAGAAGCUGGAACAGAAGUUGUUAAAGCUAAAGCUGGAACUGGAUCAGCUACUCUGUCAAUGGCGUACGCUGGUGCUCGUUUUGGAUUCUCACUGAUUCGAGCACUCAAUGGCGAACAAAAUGUCGUCGAGUGCGCGUACGUGAGGUCUAACGUUACCGAAGCCAAAUAUUUCUCAACUCCUGUUCUCCUUGGCAAAAAUGGAGUAGAAAAGAAUCUUGGUUUGGGAAAACUGAGUGCCUUUGAAGAAAAAUUAUUGGCUGCUGCGAUUCCAGAACUCAAGAAGAACAUUCAAAAGGGUGAAGACUUUGUGAAUAAGAAGUGA